AUGGAAGGAAAUAAAAUUAAUGCUCCAUCAAAGGAAUUUCCAAAAAGAAGUUUUUUAAUAAAGGAAUAAAUAGGAAAAGGAGGAGAAGGUGUAGUAUAUUUAGCAUAGGCAGAAAAUUGGGAUAAGAAUUUUGAUGUUGCAUUAAAAGUUUAAUUUUCAAUAAAAGAGACAGAAUCGGACUUUAUUAAAUAAUUGAUAGAAGUAUAAAAUGAUAGGGAUGAGAUUGGAUCAAAAUCUUACAAACCUACUAACAUAAUUAGAAUCUAUGAUAUUUUUAAUUACUAAAAUUAAACUAUAUAAGUGAUGGAAGUAGGAGAGUUGAAUUUAUUUAGAUACAUGAAAUAAAAUAAAUAAACACUAAGUUAUGGAUAGAAAAUCAGGAUUUGUUAUUAGGUAUAUAAUGUAUAUAUAUAAAAGUUACUAAAUUCUAUUAGUUAUAUUCAUUAAAGAGGAUUAAUUCAUAGAGAUAUUAAAGGAGAAAACUUUAUAUUAGUUAAUACGGAAUUCAAACUAAUUGAUUUUGGUUUACUAAGGGAAAAGAAUAGACUAAUAACUUCUACAAAUGGAACUCGUAUAUAUUAACCUCCAGAAAUAUUAGAAUAAGAAGAUGAAGGAUAUUAUACAUAAUCAAUUGAUGUUUGGGCACUUGGAUGUGUUUUUUAUGAAAUUUUUGCAGAAUAAGAAUUAUUUCCAUGUCAUAAAUUAGCUAUAUCAAUCCAAUAAAUUAAAGAUCAUAAAAAAAAUUAAUAUUAUGUAUAUUCACUUAUUGAUCAACUUAAAGUUAGUUAAUUAUGGAAAGAAUUAAUUAAAUAAAUGCUUCAUCCUAAUUAUAUUAAUAGGUUAUCAAUAAAAGAAUCAAUAACUAAAGUUAAAUUUAUUAUUUCUUAAGAAUUAAACUCAACUUAGGAUCAAACAGGAUAAAAGAAGGAUUUUGAUAAUAAAUCAUUAACUGAUACAAAAUUAUAAGAACUUAAUAAAACAAUUUAAGAAUAAAACUAAAUUAUUUAAUAAUUAUAAUCUUAGAUUCAAAGUAAAGAAGAAGAACUAUCAAAUUAAAAGGAUUAAAUUAUUAAAUUAGAAAUAGAAAAUAAAAAAUUUAAAUAUUAGUAUGAAUAAUCUUGUAAAACAAUUAAGUAAUAAGCAGAUUAAAUAUAAAAUUUAUAAUAUGUAUAAAAUCAGAACAAACUAUAAGUUUAAUAAUAUAUCAAUUAACAAGUUUCCAAUUUAAAUAAUUAAUUCAUUUAAUCUAUGAAUUCAUCUAAAUUAAUUUAAGAAAAUGAAGCAAUUGUUCUCAAGAAAAAAAUUUAAGAAUUAGAAGAUGAAAAAUUAAAACUUAUAAAUAAACUUAAUUAAUCUUAAAAUUCAGAAACUAGGAAAUUAUCCCAAGAAACAAAUUAGUUCUAAUAAUAAAAUACUUAAAAAUUUGAAGAAAAUUUUAAUGAAUAAAUUAAAUUUUUAGUAAAUAUAAUUGGAGACUUAAAUAAUGAGAUUUAAAAUUUAGAAUAAUCUCUUUAAGGUUUUUAAUCUAUCUAGAAAAUAUUAAGUUCUAAUAAUGGAUAGUUUAAUACUUAAAUUUAGGAUCUAGAAAAACUGAUUAAUUAAAAAAAAGUAAUUAUUUAGAAUUAUGAAAAAAUUAAAUAAGAAAUCUAAUAAUUAAGUUAAUAGAAAUAAUCAAUUUCAUCUUAAUAGUCUUUAAGUUAAUAAAAAUAAUCAAUUCCAUCUUAAUAGUCUGUUGAUUUUGAUUAAUCAAAAAAUAAAACAUUAAUUAAAUUGUAAUCACCCUAAGAAGAAUAAUCUGUUUCAUAAGUUAAAUAAAUAAAUUAAUUUAAAUAAAUUCAAUAAUAGCCAUAGAUAUAAACUAAUCAAAAUUAAAGAUUUCCAUAUCAAGGAGAUUAUUCAUUUUAAAAUAUCUAUCCAACUUCAUUUAAUUAAUGA